GAGAGAGAGAGAGAGAGAGAGAGAGAGAGAGAGAGCGAGAGAGAGAAGAGGUUGAGGAGAUGAAGUUUGAAGGAGGUGAUGAAGACGACAAGAUCAUCAGCCAGGUCGAAGUUGCGUCGAGCGGUGAUGCUGAGAAGGUCUCGAGCUCCAGAUUCAUGUCUCUCUUGGCCUCCAAAGAUCGUGACUAUCUUCUCUCUCCUACUGGGUCUCAGGUGAAGGUCUCCGAUCUGGAAGGCCAUGUGGUGGGCCUCUACUUCUCGGCGAACUGGUACUCGCCGUGUCGGAACUUCAACCCCGUCCUAUCGAACGCCUACGAGCAACUGAAGGCCAGCCAGUCCAACUUCGAGGUCGUCUUCGUCUCCGCCGACGAGGACCUGAGCGCGUUCAACAGCUACCGCUCCUCCAUGCCGUGGCUCGCCAUCCCCUUCUCCGACUUGCAGUCGAAGAAGGCGUUGAGCCAUAAGUUCGACGUCGAGGGCAUCCCGUGCCUGAUCAUCCUCCAGCCCGGCGGUCACAAGGAAGAGGAGGUAUUGCGUGACGGCGUCGAGCUUGUCCACCGUUACGGGGUGGAAGCGUUCCCGUUCACGCGGGAGAGGUUGGAGGAAUUGGAGAGGGAAGAGAAGGAGAAACAUGAGAACCAGACAUUUACCAAUCUACUCAGCAGCCAUGAUAGGGAUUAUCUCCUGGGUCAUCACCCUACGACUGGUCAGGUACCGGUUGCUUCUUUAGUAGGUAAAACACUGGGCCUGUUCUUCUCCGCCCAGUGGUGCCUCCCGGGCAUGAAGUUCACUCCCAAGCUCAUCUCCAUCUACCACAAGAUCAAGCACGUGAUCUCCCAGAGACCGGGCGUCGAGGACUUCGAGAUUGUCUACGUGUCGAGCGACCGCGACCGAGCUUCCUUCGAUUCCUACUUCGCCCUCAUGCCCUGGCUCAAGCUGCCCUUCGGCGACCCCAAGAUCAGGGCGCUGGCCAGGCAUUUCGACGUGCAGAGCAUUCCCUGCCUGGUCGUCCUGGGCCCGGACGGCAAGACCGUCACGAAGCACGGCCGGAGCCUGAUCAACUUGUAUGGGGAGGAUGCGUACCCAUUCACGGAGGUCCGGCUGGAGUCGCUGCACCGGCAGAUGGACGAGGAGGCGAAGGGCCUCCCGAAGUCGGAGCUCCACGCUGGCCACCGCCAUGAGCUCACCCUGGUUUCGGACGGCACCGGCGGGGGGCCCUUCAUAUGCUGCGACUGCGACGAGCAGGGGUCCGGGUGGGCUUACCAGUGCCUGGAGUGCGGGUACGAGGUGCACACGAAAUGUGUCCGGGCCGCAGGUGGGGCCUCAACAGUCGGCCCAUGAGGGCCUGCUUUGUUCAGCUGAUAGUUCAGAUUUUCUGAUGGGGGCGUGUGCAUGGUAUCGCCAAGUAAGUCGUUCACUUCGUACCGUUGAUUCGAAUUGAAUAGCUGAUGAUCAAGAGGGUUCUU